AUACAAAAUAUUAACUGGACACUUUCCCCUUCGAGGAUAAACGGCAUCUUCACCCCAUAAAAGCAAUGAGGUGCAAUUGGUGAACGGUCGGGGCUGGGGUCUUGCCUGGCCUCUUGCGCGGCAGACAGGGAAUUAACUUCACCGUCAGUUGUUAACCGUUGAACCUUCACAGCCGGUGAGAUCGGGCAAAAACCUUGCUAUUUCUCCACAUUUUUCAACUUGGUCUGAAAGAUGAUCUCUAACCAUGCCCAACGUUGGUUUCUGACUGUCCCACGUAAAUGUUUUCUCCAGAUUCUGAUGUUUCUGGGUGCGGAAUCCAUCCCGGAAAUUACUGUAAAAUGUGGAGAAACAGCAAGGUUACCCUGUCGAGCUCAGUAUAAAUUCGGAAUCCAGUACAGAGCUAUCAGCUGGUACAAGAUAGCUGAUGAUGGAGUUGGUUUAACAGGAAUUGUUCGAAAGGAUUUCCAAGAGAACAUUGCCAGGAGGUAUCUAGGUUUCAACAGAUCGAUUGAGUUAGCUCCUGCCAGACCUUUUUCCUUGAUUAUUCACAAUGUCUCCAGUGAAGACUUUGGAACGUAUCAGUGUUCCCUGUGGGCACCAAUUGGGGAACAAAACAAACAAGCAGAUGUGGGACUCCGGGAAUUGGGUAUCAUUCAAAAGCCUCUUUUAUCUGGAGCAUGGUUGACAAUCUUGCCCAUUGUUUUGCUCAUUCUAGGACUCUCAAUCUCAAUUUAUAUGGUUAAUUCAUCCAUUAUGUCUGUAAGAAACCGUAAAGUGCCAUCGGAUUAUGAGGAACUUAACAAUGUACAAGCUACCCAGUGUUCUGUGGAAAACUGCUAGUCACAAGCACAAUAUCUUAAGGGCUGCAAUGCUCUUACUCAUAUUUCAAUAAUGGAAAACAGGAUGGACAAUUUCAACAUUUUAAAGGUUUUUACAAAAAAGUUGCUAAUUGAAACUUUCUCACAAGUACAAUGUUAACAAAAGUUUUUUAAAAAUUAAACAAGCCAUUUAAUCGCCA